AUGGGUCGCCGCUGGGAGAGCGGUUCGGAGGUGGAGGGUGGCGAGAGGGGGUUCCUAAGGGAGGGACUUCAGCAUGCUGCCCAACGGUCGGCGGCCGCAGCCCGGCCGGGAGCCGUCGCUGGGGCGACGACGUCAGAGGCCGACGUCCGCGCGCAGCGUGCGCAGGGAGAGGCAGAGCCAACCCGGGUGGUGCGCGGUUGGGUGGGGCGCGCCCGGGGCGCCCGGGAGGCGGAGCCGGCGGCGGAGGCUGCGCGCGGGACACGCGCGGCGACUUGGGCUAGACGGCUGCGCUGCCCCACCGCCCUUCGGCGCGCGCUAGUCCGCAGCGCUUCCAAACCGCGGAGCGGCAGGCGUGGCCGCCGAUUCCAGAGCCUGGCAGGGGCGCGCAGCCGCCGCCCCUCACUCCCAGGCGCAACAACCUCGCGCCCUCGCCGCCGCUGCGUCUCGCAAGACCUGUGGGGAGGCCGGGAGUCCCUUUGGUUUCCCCUUCAGCCCACGUGGCCCUGGGACACCACCCAGGAACCCAGGCGGGACUGCAUUGGGAGUCCCAGCAGCGGGGUUCUGGUCCCUCCUUGCGGCCUCCCAGCGCCGGUGGGGUGCGUGCGCCGGGGGCAGGUGAACUGCUGUACUUUGCACUUGCUGGGCUAG